AUGUCCACCAAAUCACCCAACGAUGUGGUCAUUGUGAGCGCCCUUCGUACUCCCCUCUGUCGUUCUCGCAAGGGUGGUUUGGCCAAGGUUCCUCCUUCCACUCUGUUGACCACAGUGUUGAAGGCCACAAUCGAACGCACUCGUGUCAAUGGCAGGGACGUGCAAGACAUUUGUCUAGGAAAUUGUCUCAUGCCUCCCUCUGGCUUUGCCGCCAUGCGCAUGGCACAGAUUGUUGCUGGAAUCCCGGCGGAAUCGGCCUCCCUGCAAUGGGUCAAUCGACAAUGCAGUUCCGGGUUGCAGGCGGUGGCGCACAUUGCCAAUUCGAUUGCCCAACAUGAAAUACAAGUCGGGAUUGGAGGUGGAGUGGAAUCCAUGUCGUUUUAUCCAAUGUCCUCCAUCAAGCCACCCGACGUGGAUUGGGAUGUCAUGCAAGCACAAACAACGGCCAUGGAUUGUCUCACUCCCAUGGGAGUUACCAGUGAAAAUGUCAUUGAUCAAUAUGGUUUGGAACGUUCCAAAUUAGAUGCCUUUGCUCUAGCAAGUCACCAAAAGGCAGCGGCCGCCCAACGACAAGGCAAAUUUGUGGCCGAAAUUGUCCCCGUGGGAGACGUGGCCAACGACGAUGGGAUUCGGGCUCGAACGACGUUGGACAUUUUGCAAACCCUCAAACCGGUAUUCAAGGAACAUGGAUCGACCACGGCCGGCAAUUCGUCCCAAACGACCGACGGUGCUGCGGCGGUCUUAUUAAUGACACGAUCGCAAGCGGAGAAACGUGGUUUGGCCAUUUUGGGUGUGUGGAGAGGGUAUGCCGUCAAGGCCGUCGAGCCUCGCGUCAUGGGAAUUGGUCCUGCCGUGGCCAUUCCAGAAGUAUUGAAACAAUGUCAUUUGACCUUGCAAGACAUUGAUAUCUUUGAAAUCAAUGAGGCCUUUGCCUCACAGGCAAGUUGGUGCAUUGACGUCCUUGGUAUCGCACCCGAAAAAGUCAAUCCCAAUGGUGGAGCCAUUGCGUUGGGACAUCCUCUUGGAUGUACGGGUGCACGACAGAUUGCGACAUUGCUCAAUGAAUUGCACCGUACCAAACAGAGAUAUGGGGUCGUGUCCAUGUGCAUUGGAACUGGAAUGGGAGCUGCUGCCGUCUUGGAGGUGGAACCAACUUCGCGUCUCUAG